AUGGCGCCUCUCGGUGCAGCGCUACUCGGCACAGGCAUUUUUGCCAAGGACAUCUAUAAGAAUAACUUCAAAUCCAAAGAGGGUGAGCUUGAGCUCAAGGCAGUAUGGUCUCGCACAAUCGAGUCAGCGCAAGCUUACGUCCACGAGUACUUCCCCAAGAGCAAGGUGAUGGCCGGGGAGGAGGGCCUGCAGCACAUACUCGACGACGAUUCCAUUCAUCUUGUCGUGGUGGUGUUGCCCGUGCAAGUGUGCCUUCAGGUGCGGCUACGUGGGUCGGUCAGAUCAUUAAAAACACACAGACAGAGACAGACAGAGAUGCAUAUACGCGCACGUAUCGGCACAGAUAAUAGAACAAUUGUAGAUGAACAAUUGAAGACGUUGAACACAGACCGCGACUCCCCCGCAUGUGCGCCUCAAACGCAUCCCUCUUGCCGCGUGGUGGAGCGCUGCCUAGCCGCCGGCAAGGCUGUGGUCCAGGAGAAGCCUGUGGCUGCCACUGUCGAGGGGGCGCUGCGGGCAAUCGCGAGCUACCGAAGGGCGGUUGGGGAGGCGGUUGACCCGCAACGAACACCGCUCUGGAUGUUUGCAGAGAACUACCGCUACGAGUCAGUGUUUGUGGCCGCCAGCCGGCGAGUUUCGGAGCUGGGCAAGAUCAUCAAAUUGGAUCUCAUCGCGGAUCUGCCAAUGGACGAGCGCAACAGGUACUACGGCAGCACCUGGCGGCGAGACACGGGCGGCUGUCCGGGGGGGUUCUUCAUGGACAGCUCCGUACACUUCGUGGCGGCUCUGCGGCUGCUGGCGCGGGCGGCGGGGCUGGGGGAGGCCGUCAGCGCGACUGCACAUGCGCGACAGGUGAUAGUGGUGGAGGUGGAGGCCAAGGCUGACCUGGUCCCCCCCGACACGGUGGUUGGUGUGGCGCUGUUCGCCACCGGGGAGGUGCCCGCCAGCAUCAGCAUCUCGCUGGCUGCACAUCAGGUCCGCUGGUCGCUCAGCGUCGUGGGCACGGAGGGGUCCCUGGAGGUGUCUCGGGGCGGCUGGGGGGGCAGUCGUACGGGAUACACGCUGUCGGUCAAGACCGCUCGUCCGGCACCGGGGUCCCAGGAGGAGGAGGCGGCGGCGGGACAGCAGCAGCAGCAGCAGCAGGCCGAUCCUACCGUACAGAUUAUGCCGUACGCCUUCUCCGGCUGCCAAGACGAAUUUUCGGAGUUUGUGGGCCUUACGCGGGAGUUGCGGGGGGCCGGAGGUGGUGGGGGUACGGCGGCUGCGGCGGCUUCAGGGGAACCGAACGGGGUCGGCGCCAGCGGGACUGUGCCUGAUGCGGUCGCCCGAUCGAGCCCUGAGGAGGGCGCUCGUGAUCUGGCGCUCAUCGAGGCUUUGUUAGCUUCCGCUGCGGCGGGAGGCCGGCCGGUGGAGGUGGUGCAGAUCUGA